AUACAUUGAUGACCGAGAGGUUAACAUAAACUUUCGUUGUAAUACAUUGAUUCUCGGAAGGUUAAGAUAAACUUCCGUUAUAAUGCAUUGAUUUCGAAGGGUUAAAAUAAACCUUCGUUACAAUAAAAGAAUUCUGGAAGUAUAACAUAAGUUCUCAGAACAAACGGGGAAGCUUGCUGGAGCUGCGGAGAACAUUUACUGUGUCACACUGAGGUGACCAGCUGUCCGAGCGGGUUAAAGCGAUAUAACUGGGAACUGUUGUUGGAAUGGAAGAUGAAUAUGAUCGGGAAACUGUUGACGGCGGCUGGGGGCCAGCGCCGGGGUAUCGAUGGAAAAUAAUAAACGACCAGCUGAGGCUGUUGUUGGUGGCGGUGGGUGGAGAGACCACCGGGAAAAAGAAGCAUGAGGCUGUGGAGCGCACGGAACGCGCAGUGAGAAAGUUGUUAGAAAAGAAAGGCGUUAGUUUGGCAGACAGGCUGUCACUGGCGCAGAUUUUGUGGGAGAAGGAGAGAGAUUGUAGAGAAGAAAAGAAGGAGCUUGAGUCGAAACGCGAGAAGGCGAGUGUGUUGAAAAAAGGAAAACUUCGUAAAGAGAUGGAGGAUGUGGAGGACAUGAGGUCCGCAUUGUUUUCGUACUGGAUAAAAAGUAAAGCCGUGGGGAGAAAUAACCAGGAACGGUGUAAUGAGGAAAGACCACCGGCAUACGAUGUUGAAAUAAACGGUGUGAAUUCGGCUUCUGCACCUGCUGGGUUGUAUCCUGUAUUAAAUAUAACGGGGGGAGAGUUGGAAGUUGAAGAAAGUGUACCACUGCGGGGUUGUCGGGGCAACGAGGUAACGGGGGAAAGCCGGCCUUUCGAAGCGCGUCAAAAUCGGGAGGGGUUUAAAGAAUGGACGGACUCACGCACUCCGGGGAGAAGGGACAGCUCAGAAGUGCAGCGGAGAAAUAAGGCGGAUAAGGGAAAGUAUUUAGCCGGGGCGAAUGAGCGGGUGAAAACACAAUUGAGAUACGGGGAAUCACCAGACAUGGGGGAGAGAGGAAAAAAAGGCUCUGCCUCGGCUCAGGAGGAGCAAAACGGGGAAUGCGGGGAUAACAGCGACCCAGAGAUUCACGGGGAACCGGGAAAAAUGUAUCCGUUAUUCAUGUCUUCUCGAGGUGUUAAUAAAUACAAGCCGUGGUCGCUGGGAGACGUGUCUUCUCUAGUCGCGCAAAUGCCUGCACCAUCUGAAGGGGGAGAUAAGUGGCUAAAACAACUCGAUACGCUUACUAACGGACACACGCUGGCGCUCGGCGACUUUAGGGCUGUAGCAGCCAGAUGCAUGACCGCACAUGAUUUAGCGGACGUGGAAAACAGAGCGGGGGUGACCCGACAAGCCGAUGACGACAGAUUUUUGUAUUUCGCGACGGAGAUCGGGGACGCAAUGCGCGAGAAAUGGCCACUUCUAAUGUCGACUAAAAUACCAAAAUUACCAUGGGACGCGAAGAAAACCCCGCGCGCGUAUUUGGACGAAUGUAAAGAGACGUGGGUAAAAAGCACUAGCCAUCAUCCGGGAACGGAGGGCAUACAGAGAGAAUGGUUCAGACAGGCGGUGCUGGAGGGAGUACCAGAGGGGGUAAAAGCUAAAAUGAUCACUAAUCCAGACUUGCCAGGAAGUGAAUCUGCUGUGUGGGAAAGACAUUUACUGCACCAUUUACAGGACGCGACUGAGGAAGCGACAGGGGAAGAGAAGCAGCUAAAAGAAUUACAGGCUCAGCUUCUUAGGCUUCAGCUCACUAAGGUCAAACAGGAAGUGAGCGACAAGAAGCAGAAAGGGAAAGACGAGCGACAGAUGACAGUCCAGGCUGCCCCAGCUGAAGGUAACGCCCCAGAUUUGUAUCCACUCCCACCAUGGGAGGAGACGUCGUAUGGGACAGCCCAGGGGUGGGGCCCAAACCGAGGGGGCGGUUAUCGGGGAGGUUACAGAAGUAAUUACAGGGGUGGCGCUGGUCGGAGAGGAUCAUACGGUGGGGGAGGAGAAAGAGGCGGCUACCAAGGGAGAGACGCUUGUUUCAACUGUGGUAUGGAGGGGCACUGGCGCAUGGAGUGUCCUAGCAAAAAGAAGAGACAGGGGAGGGGCAGGGGUGUCCCGUCUCGGGGGGCUUGGGCCCCCAAUCCACAUGCUGCGCCACCUAGGGGACAAUACCCUGCACUGGAGGACUGGGGCUAUGAGGCGGAUGCCUCUCAGUGACACACCCCGAUGGGAGACUCCGACAGCAGGGGCAGGGCAGACCCCAUGCUGUCACUCACGGUACUGCAACAACAACUUCCGUUUCUCGUUGACACUGGGGCCACAUACUCCACCAUACAAGCAGCGGGCUCGUCUGCUAUGUCCAAAGACAGUGUCAGCGUUAUGGGAUUCUCCGGGGUGUCACAGAAACUGCCUAUAACAGUCCCCCUACCGGUGAAAGUGGGAAAUCAGACAUUGACUCACUCUUUUGUUGUCUCACCUCAAGUUCCAGUGAAUCUUAUGGGAAGGGAUCUUCUCAUCAAAACAGGGGCUUCAAUCUUCUGCGGCCCGGACGGACUGAGUGUCACAUUGCUGGAUGGAACUGUGUUGCAUUGCAAUGACAAUGGACAGACUAAUGGCCAGUGGGUGAUGCAGCCACUGCAACAACAACAGUGCGCAGACAUUUACUGGGGCCUCCUAAAGCCUGAGUGUCCUGACAUCCCAGGGGUGAUGGCUCUUUACCAAAAGUGGAAGCCUUGGAUAACUCUUCUUGAUCCGUAUGUUUCUCCUCCUGACCCGCCUCAUGUAACAUUGUUCUAUGAUAGACAAGGGGAUGAUUGCUACUGGGAUGAAUUUAUGGGGCACUUAGAGAGCACUGAGUGGGAGGUGACGUCCCAAAACCUCUAUGUGGGCCCAGAAGGGGUAGCCGCAGCUGUUGUCCUCUCUCCUGAUCAAUUGAAAUGGUAUUUAAUGAGCCAAGAGGCGGUGCCACAUGUAUCGCUGGCUCUGCAUCCCAAACAUCAGGCUAAAGACUUGGGUCCAAUGACUAAACGAGCAGUGCUGCUAGAUGACUGGGUGUGCACUCAACUGCCUGAUGUUUGUUUUUCUCCUUCCGCUAAGAUGUACAGAAUUUCAGGGAAAGCGACUAACACUGUCAUUUUAACGCACGAACAGGUGUCCAGAGACCACGGAAGGGAGAAGACCGACCAUCCCCACACAGCUAUCCUUCUUGAGAAACUUCCAGUCUACCUCUGGUCCGAAGGCCCGACUGACAUUUUGCGGUCCAGGUGCAAGACAGAACCGGAGGGCAGAACACCCCUGAUCCCCACACAACAGCCUGGGUCCUCCUGAGGGUCAUUAAGAGGAAGUGGUCGGAGCCACGGUGGACAGGACCAUACCAGGUGGAGGAG